GAGAGAGCGAGAGACAUGCAGAGAGAGCAGGGGGGAGUGAGCCAGAGGAGAGGAUAUUGAAAGGGAAAAGAGGGCACAGCUGUAGAGAGAGAGAGAGAGAGAGGGAUGGAUGUGGGCUGUUUUGCUUGCUCUCUCGCUCUCAAUCUCUCUCUCCCUCUCUCUUCUAUCUUGCUUUCUCUGAUCGCACAUCACAUCUCUCUGAUGGGACUGCGAGUGGAGAUUUGGUGGGGAGUGGCUGCAGUUUCUCAAGGACCUAAAGGAGGACAGGCUACUGUACUAUACCUCCGCCUGUUUGCGUCUGUGGCUCGGCUGGCACUGUGAUGCCACUAUGCCAGCCAUGAACAGGCCAGGAUUCUUGACGAAAGCAGGUCUGAGGAGGCUCCUGACGUCGGACGAGGUAUGGAGCUUCGGAAGGAAGAGGAGUUCUGGAGAACAGAUCCAAACCGAGCAAGAGUCUCUGCAGCAGACGCCGCCAGGGUCCAAAGACUUGUGUGACCCCAAGCGUUUCCUGGCGUACAGCCAUCAAAGCCAGCCUUGCCGUCAUUCCAGCGCUGAGAGGAAGGCGAAGAGAGAGGAUGGGAAGUCUCCACUUGAGCGUGAACCAUUGAAGAAAGACUUGAAAGCCAAUGGUUAUGAGCACGAGGCUGAUAAGAGCAUCCAAAGCCCUCUGCGUAAAGGUCAGCAUCGUGAGAGGCAUGAGAGAGUGACCACGCCCAAAAACAGCGAAGUAUUCUCAGGGGAACAAAUACAAUACCCAACUGAUGUCACUUGGACGCCGGUCAAGAAUGUGCAGAAUUUCAAAUCAGGGCAACACCACAAUCAAACAAGUUGUGGGAUCACUGACAGGCCUCCUAUUGUGUCCAGCCUGUCAUCUGACAUUGAGGAGGAUCUUCCCUAUGAUUAUGAAGACAGCCAUCAAACACCAAGAGAAGAGCGAGAAGCAAAGCUUCAAGAGGUGCUGAAGACUUAUUCCGCCACUGAAGAUAUGACUCUAGAUCGUGGUCAGGCAUUGACCGAUAAUGCCACUUUUAACGUUGAGAACAACCAACGGUCGCAGACUGUCCUGUUGUUGAACAACAACCAUGAGAUCUGUGGUGCGCCAAGGAAGACCGAAUCUAAUCCAUCCUUCGCAAGGAUAUGGCAGGGUACUAAAGAGGCUAUUGCAGACAAGCCAAUCAUCGCAAAUUUGGUCCAAGCUCUGGCAAGUUGCGACUUGAAAAGAGGCGAGGAGAGCCCAUCCUGCGACGAUAGCCUUUCAGAGACUGAAGACAAAUCAGAACCUUUCUCCCUCCAGAGUGAAGCACUGGCCUGGUCUGAAGAAGAGAGAGACUUUGUCAAUGAUGAGAAAACCGAAGCAAGUACCUGCUCUUCUCUAGUCUUCGCAGAAAAGUUUGUAGUGGCCCCAGAACCUUCGCAACAUUGCCAUCAAUCCAAUCCUGAACACAAUGAAGUGGGUUUCCAUGAUGUUCCUCACCAUUAUGAGCGGGAAAUGACCGCAGAGUGCACCCUCUCAGAGAUUCUUUCCCCUGUAGAUGAGGUUUUAUCUUACGGAAGUGCUGAGUUGCCACCUUCGCUCAAUGGAGGCGGUUGUUCUGCCCCUAACAGCAACAGUCUACCACUUCCUCCACCUGCCUUCGAGAUCAUCACAUGGACCAGUGAGGAGGACCUUCCAGCAGCUCCAGCUGACUUCCUUGAAGACGUUUCCAUCAACAGUGAGAACUUCCCUAACCUUCCUGUGGACUUGUCCCUAGGAAGAAGAGAAGGAUUAGCAAGUAUAGGCUCAGGAAGUCUAGGGGCAAGUGACAUUAUCAAUGAAGCUCUUAUAGGAGAUGAUUGCAAAACCCUGCCUUCUGGACAGACCACUGGGCAGACGCCUGGACAGACCCUCGGACAGGAUGAAGAGGAUGAGUGUUCCGACUACACCAGCUCCCUUCCAACGUAUGAAAGUAACGAGAGUGAAGAUCCUUUAUCUUUCUUUCACAUUGGAGACAGGGUUCUUGUCUGCAACUCGAGACCAGGAGUGCUCAAGUACAAGGGACCCACUACAUUUGCAGGGGGCUUCUGGGCUGGCGUGGAACUAGAUACCCCCAGAGGGAACCACAAUGGCACCUUCAGAGGUGUGAAGUACUUUACAUGUAAAAAGAACCACGGGGUCCUGGUCAGAGCAGAAGAUGUUACUCAUCCGUCCAGAGAGUGGUGCAGUUAUUUGAAUACGGGUGCGCAUCAAGAGAGCUUUUCAGAUGAGGAUCCCCCGAAUGGCCAAAAUGGAACAAAUGGCAACAGACCAUCUAGACCAUCUGGGAAUAGACAAGGGAUAAAGAAGGACAGCCAAACCAAUCCGGCACACGAUCCAUCAGCUCGAAAACAGAUAUGCCACCAGGAGCCAUGUGAAAACGAUGCCACCAGAGACUCAUCCAACGAGUUAUCAAGCUGUUCCAGAUCCAGUGAAAAGUCUCCAUUAAAAGUUGAUCACAAUCUUUUCUGUUACAACGAGGACAGCAAGCAUCAUGCGGAUGAGUCUGCUGCUCUGAUUGAGAGGUUAACUGACGAGAUUUUCUCUGAUGCUUUGAAGAGCGUACAGGAGACCCGGAAGAGACACAGACAGAUAAUCGGAUCAAAGCAUGACAGUAAAUCUAUUGAUUCUAGUUUUAGGAAAAGAGAAAACAGCACCUUCGCUACUAGCAAACCAUGUCUGAUGGAUCAGUGGCAUCAGGUGCAUCCAGAAAUUCCUCCACAAAUCCAGAUUCAGCCUCAUGAUCACAGCGUAGUGUACAGAUUGGUCGAUGCCACAGUUGAGGCGCUCUGUGGCCAGGCGGGUGAAGGUGCACUGGAUGCUUGUGAAACGCCGAGCUACUUAGUAGACGAGAAAAGCCGUAAAGACUACAGGCAGGUCCUGUUUCAGUUAGUAUCUGAUAUAUUACAUGAAGUUUGUACUGAUAUUUUGGAAACGAGUAGCUCUGACCAGAAAACAGACGAAACGUCAAUGUUAUCAGCAUUACAGAAGGGGCAAAUUUCAGUCUCCUAUUUAAAGGCUGCAGUGAGAAGGGAAACCCAGAAAGUGUUAAAUCUGGAGCGCACUGAUCAGCACAUGACCGAGAUGCUUCAAACACUGUGUAAAUACUGGUAUGCUAAGAGGGACAGAGUGGACUACAUUUUGAUUCAGGAGCUUCACAGCGAGGAGAGGCAGUGGACAGAUUACAGCGCCGACCAGAUCACUGUGAAAAUACGACUGUCUGAGGAGAUCUUCGAGCUGCUUCUGGAUGACACUAUAUCAGUCCUUAACCACAUAUAUUUAUCAGACAGCGAAUGAUACAGAUUCUGCACUUUUAUCAUGCCAUCUUGAUAAACAAUAAUAAUAAGUCUGUUUUUAAGAAAACCUGUUUUGACAAUUUCUCAUUGAUUUUUAUUAGCUAUUUGCGUGUAUAAAUUUUCACUAGGAU